AUGUCGUCCGCCGUUACAACAAAUCCGACCCAAGUGACGAAUUCAGGGUCGUCCAAAAAGAAGAAGAACAACAAGAAGAAGAACGCCAACAAGAACAAGGCUUCUGAGGAGCAGCCUGAUAUUUCUGAGCCUCAACAGGGUUCGGACAAAGACGCUCUCGAAGACGAGCCCGAGACACCCACUCAGCCCGAGACGCCAGUCGAUGCAGGAGUCGAAGACGUAAACGAAAAACCCACUGUUCAAAGCAACGGGCAUGCCGUAGAGCUCCAGAACAAGAGCAACGGGCUCACACCCCCUCCAGCGGAUGGCGAAAAAGCAAAGACCGACGAUUCAGACACAUCUGCCAAGCUAGAAGCCAUGAGCCAGGAACGAGAGGCCUUGCGGGCCGAGGUCGAACAGCUACGGAAGCAGCUCGAGAGCAUCCAAGAGACACACAGCAGCGAAGUUACACAGCUCAAGAGCGACCUGGAAGAGAGCAAUGCCGCCAAGGAGAACGCCGAGGAGGAAUACCAGACCCUUCUCGGUCGUGUCGAAAAGAUCAAGCAGACACUAAGCGACAGAUUCAAGCGCGAUAAGGCAGAACUCGAAGAAAGCAAAGAGCGUAUAGAAGAGCUUGAGGCAGAGAACGACGAGCUUAGGAAUAAUGCAGUAUCAUCCGGUGAUGAUGUCGCCAAACUAAAGGAGGAGCUACAGGAUGCGACCAGAGAACUCAACACCCUCCGAAGUAGAAACAAUCUAUCGGCACAGAAUUGGAGCAAAGAGAAGGAAGAGUUACUCCGACAUGUCCAACACCUCAAGUCAGAGAUGGAAACAACCGCAAACGCCAUGGGUGAAUGGGAAGUUAUUGCCAUGGAGGAGCGCUCCGUUAAGGAGGGCCUGGUCGAUAAGGUCUCGGAGCUAGAGGAACAGGUUACCCUCCUACGACAGAACUACGAGAGCGCCACGACAGACAGAGAUAGCCAGGCGACUCUUAUCGAGAACCUACAAAACGCCCUCCGCGAGAUCCAAGAUGCCCGCAAAAAGGAGCUCCGUGAUAUGGUCGAGACCACCGAGGCACAGAUUCAAGGUCUCAAGAAGCAGGUGCAAGAAGCCAAUGCCCGUGCCACUGAGGCCGAGACAGCAAAACAGACUCUGACACAAGAGCUCGAGCGAACUGCACCUUAUGAGAAGGAAGUCAAGGAGAAGAACCUUCUUAUUGGAAAGUUGAGGCACGAGGCCAUUGUGUUGAACGAUCACUUGACCAAGGCAUUGCGAUAUCUCAAGAAGACCAAGCCAGAGGACAAUGUAGACAGACAAAUUGUCACUAACCACCUCCUCCACUUCCUUACCCUCGACCGUGGUGACGCCAAGCGUUUCCAGGUCCUUCAGGUCAUGGCUGGAUAUUUGAAUUGGACCGACGAGCAGCGCGAGCAAGCUGGUCUUGCUCGUCCAGGCACCUCUAACAAUUUGCGUCUACCCAUUUCACCCUUUAAUCGCACACCGAGCUCGCCUUCUCUCAACACCGAUAUUUUUGCGGAUACAUCGUCUGCGAAAGAAAAGGAGUCCCUGUCAGAACUCUGGGCAAACUUCUUGGAACGCAGCGCUCAAGAGGGCACUGCAGAGACACCAAGCAGAAAAGGCAGCUCAAGCAGUGCGGCUACGGGGCCAGUGAGACCAGAAUCGACAAAACCAGAGUCCAGGAGUUAA